CAAAAGACGUGUUGUAAAAGGAGUAACCGGAAACUUUCGCCGAGAUUUCCAGAUCAGAUGAUUCUGAAGUCGAGAGAGCGAGCGGAUGGAGCCAAACUUCUUCUCCUUUUCGGAUAAAGCGGUGAGCGCGCGUGAAUUUAAAGUCGCGUGUGGGGAGAGAAAAGAGCCGAGAAGCGGCGCGUCGGAGGCAGGAAAGUAGCGGAGGAUUGGCUGUCGUCCGAGUCUGGAGCGGGGAGAGUCUUCGCCGAGUCUGAUGGAAAGGCGGUAGCCGAGACAGACAAAGAUGCCUCUGGAAGGUCGGUUGCUUAGCGCCUUCGUUAAGAGAGCCGAACAACUUAAAAAAUGGCAGGACUCGGAGACCAACCGCACUCCGGCCGACGUACCUCGGCACCGUCCCAGCCGGAUCAAAUUUCCCGACGGAUGCGUCUUCCUAUCCGCCUGCGCCGCCGGAGAUAAGGAGGAGGUGAAGCAUCUGCUGGACGGCGGAGCCGACGUCGACACCGUCAACGUGGACGGAUUAACGGCACUGCACCAGGCAUGCAUCGACAACAAUUUGGACAUGGUCGAGUUCCUGGUGGAAGAGGGAGCCAACGUCGACAAGCAGGACAACGAGGGCUGGACCCCCCUUCAUGCCGCCGUCUCCUGCGGAUCAGUUGCCAUCACAGAAUAUUUGCUCCAGAAAGGAGCCAAUCCAGUGGCUAUGAAUAAUGAUGGAGAAUUACCCAUAGACCUGGCAGAAAAUGAAACAGUAGAGGAGUUGCUACAAAAAGAGAUGGACAAACUAGAGAUCGACUGCGAUAGUGUUAGGACUCUGGAAGAGAAAACCAUGUUACGAGAUGCCAGGAAUUGGUUUAGAAACAAGAAGAUCGAAGAUAAUAUUCAUUCUCGAACGGGGGCCACUGCGUUACAUGUAGCCGCCGCCAAAGGUUACGGAGAAGUGCUAACUUUAUUAAUUCAUUCGGGAGCUGAUUUAAAUGCUCAAGACUAUGACGGAUGGACUCCUCUUCACGCUGCUGCCCAUUGGGGACAGAGGAUUGCUUGCCGGAUGCUGGCCGAGAAUCUGGCAAACAUGAACAUUCAAAACAACGUGGGUCAAACGUGUUUUGAUGUAGCCGAUGCCGACAUGGUUAAGCUACUGGAAGAACUCAGAAAGAUGCAAGAAUCUAUGCAGAAGGAGCGUCCAGAGAUCAAAGAGAUCCUUGAGAGGACAGCCAGAACUCCCCCUAUGCGUAAGACUUCCGUCAAUCGUUCCGUCUCAGCAGAAAAGAUUACCGCCGGGUCACGCCCUCCACCACCUAUAAAAGAAGUAGUAAAAGUGAAAUUCGCACCUCUGGUUGAUUCCCAACCGCCCAAAGUUGACAGAAACCGGCCCGAAGUAGCGGAAAUCCGACGGCCCGGCGACCAGUGGCCCGCGGCCAAAGAGGAAUCUCCCGAAAAGGAUGUUCCCUGGAGAAGACCUCGCAGAUACGCUGUCUCGCCUCCCAGGAAUGAAGAGGCAGAAGAAGAGGAAGAAGAAGAAGAGGAAGAGGUGGAGAGAACCAGAAGUCCGGAAGAAGAAGAUAUGGAAUUUGGAGAAGAGGUUGUGUACAGAUAUUUGCUCCAGAAAGGAGCCAAUCCAGUGGCUAUGAAUAAUGAUGGAGAAUUACCCAUAGACCUGGCAGAAAAUGAAACAGUAGAGGAGUUGCUACAAAAAGAGAUGGACAAACUAGAGAUCGACUGCGAUAGUGUUAGGACUCUGGAAGAGAAAACCAUGUUACGAGAUGCCAGGAAUUGGUUUAGAAACAAGAAGAUCGAAGAUAAUAUUCAUUCUCGAACGGGGGCCACUGCGUUACAUGUAGCCGCCGCCAAAGGUUACGGAGAAGUGCUAACUUUAUUAAUUCAUUCGGGAGCUGAUUUAAAUGCUCAAGACUAUGACGGAUGGACUCCUCUUCACGCUGCUGCCCAUUGGGGACAGAGGAUUGCUUGCCGGAUGCUGGCCGAGAAUCUGGCAAACAUGAACAUUCAAAACAACGUGGGUCAAACGUGUUUUGAUGUAGCCGAUGCCGACAUGGUUAAGCUACUGGAAGAACUCAGAAAGAUGCAAGAAUCUAUGCAGAAGGAGCGUCCAGAGAUCAAAGAGAUCCUUGAGAGGACAGCCAGAACUCCCCCUAUGCGUAAGACUUCCGUCAAUCGUUCCGUCUCAGCAGAAAAGAUUACCGCCGGGUCACGCCCUCCACCACCUAUAAAAGAAGUAGUAAAAGUGAAAUUCGCACCUCUGGUUGAUUCCCAACCGCCCAAAGUUGACAGAAACCGGCCCGAAGUAGCGGAAAUCCGACGGCCCGGCGACCAGUGGCCCGCGGCCAAAGAGGAAUCUCCCGAAAAGGAUGUUCCCUGGAGAAGACCUCGCAGAUACGCUGUCUCGCCUCCCAGGAAUGAAGAGGCAGAAGAAGAGGAAGAAGAAGAAGAGGAAGAGGUGGAGAGAACCAGAAGUCCGGAAGAAGAAGAUAUGGAAUUUGGAGAAGAGGUUGUGUACAGGUCGACCGUGCCACCGGUUGCCGGCGAGAGGCCCGAGAUGCAGAGAAAAGCGCACGCAAAAAGGACCCGGGAAACUCGAAGGCCCACACAGGGAGUCACUUCCGACGAACUUAAGUUGGCCCAGAAAUUAUUACUGGAAAAGAUGGCCCGAAAGGAAUUGGAACUCGGAUCGGAAGCUCCGGGAAGCGAAGAUGAGGAUGAGGAAGAAGAAGAGGAAGAAAAGGAAGAAACGACGAAGAAGGAGAACAAAUUCGCUUCCAGGUACACCUCGGCCGGAUCUCUACCGGAAACCGGAAUCGGUGGCGCCUCCUCUCUGGCCGGAAGCUCCGAAGACCUGAAGCACGUCGAUUAUAAAAAGUUGUACUUGGAGUUGAAAGAAGAGAAUGAAGAACUAAGAGAAAAAUUGAGAAAAUCGGAAGAAAAUCUAGAAAAGACUAAAGAACAAUUGCAGAAAGCCAUACAGACCAACAGUAGAAACGAGGUGGAAAGAAAGGAACGCAGGAGUUUAGAGAGGAAGAUCUCCGAAAUGGAGGAGGAAUUGAAGACGCUGGCUAAAGUGAAGAACGAAAAUGAGAAACUAAAGGCAGAAAAUCGAGCGCUAACCAGGACCGUGUCCAAACUUACUAAAAAGUCUUAGGUUGUGACGAAGUUUACUCCUGAGAGAACGGUGUGUUUGACCUCGGCUUGGACGACGCCUAAGAGAAGAAUCGGAAGUCUCCAAGUUCCUUUUAGUGUAUAUAAGACUUCCUUCGUUUGUCAGACAUUUUUUCCCUCCAACAACGAGACUCGUCGGCUUUCGAGACGCCUCUGUUUUAAUCGCGGUGUGUUACUUCAAACGCCGAACGAGUUCACUCGUCCCAAUUGUACCAUACGAGUGCUAGUUUUCCCGUCAUUUGCCCGAGACAAUUGUAUAUUAUUCUGAGAUAAAUAAAGAAGCUUUUACUCGGUGCUUCCGUUUAUUCCCUAUG